CGGAGAAGAAAGAAAAAAAAAGCAGUCCAUCGCCAUGUUUCAGACAGAAGCAUCUGUCAAACGUUAAUAAUAGUUUUAUUCAGCUUUAUGUUUGUGAGAGUGUUAACGCAAACACGUUUGUUGUUUAUACUCCGAGGUCAGAGGUCCAGUGGAUGGUUGGAGUGCAGGAGGGUGUUUUUACAAGUGUUUUUUAAUACAAUAAAAGUGCCACGCAAUGCACCAUGGAGGAGGCCCACCAAAUGUGCAGAGGAAUCUUCAGAGAUCCAAGUCUGUCACUGGAUCUGAGACAGAAGACCAGCAGCCACAACAACAGCAGCAGCCGAUGGCGGUUACCCAGCAACAGCCGGCAAAUGCCAAUCACCCCCAGUCUCCGGUGACAUCUUUUGCCCCAUCCGCGAGUCCCUCCGCACCACAGUCUCCAAACUAUCAAAUCAUCAUGAGUCGGAGUCCCGUCACGGGCCAGAACAUGAACUUCACUUUACAGAACGUUGGACAGGUUGUUCCUGGGAACCAGCAGAUCACCCUCACCUCCCUGCCUCUGCAGACCCCAACCUCCCCUGGCUUUCAGCACCAGCCCCAGUGGAGGUUCGAGCCCGGGUCAUCAUCUUAUAUACAGGUGACAUCACCCUUGCCCCAGAACAUGCAACCCCAGAGUCCCACCCAGCACAGUCCAGUCCCCAUACAGGCUGUUCCCAGACCGGGCGCUCCUGGGUCUGCUCUGGGAGUGUGUGGUCAGAGCCCGACCCGGUUUGUUGAGGCAGGUAUAAUGGUUAGGCACAUCAGCUUGAGCCCACCAGCAGGUAGCCAUUUUGUGUACCAGGAUGGAACAGGAUUGGCUCAGCUGGCUCCGAACACAGCAGGAACCGUUCAGCUUUCCUCUUCAGGGAUGCCGGGGGCAGUUAGAGAAAGACGCCUAUCCCAGCCUCACUCUCAAACGGGCGGCACCAUCCACCAUUUAGGUCCGCAGAGUCCCAUCGCAUCUGGGGCCACUCUCCCGACAUUGGGCAGCCCUGGGCACAUCACCACCUCUAAUCUGCCACCUCAGAUCAGUAGCAUCAUCCAAGGCCAGUUAGCCCGACCCGCACAGGUCAUGGCAGCCCCCGCGAUGACUUCUUUUGGAGUCCCUUCCACCAUCCCUCCCUCCAGCCCAUCCAGGAGCAACCCACCCCAGGGCUCCAACCCAUCGCUGACCCCCACAAGCGUGAAGAAGAUGCAGCCGAAGAAGCUGGAAGAGAUCGUACCCUCAAGUCCAGAAGUGGCGCAGUUGAGGAAGCAGUGCCUGGAGCAUCAUGGGAAGAAGAUGGAGAGUCUGAAGGAGGUUUUUAAGGAGUAUCUGAUCGAGCUCUUUUUCCUCCAGCACCUGCAGGGAAAUAUGAUGGACUAUAUUGCUUUCAAGAAAAAGCCUUGCGUGCCCCUUUCCACCUACUUGAAGCAAAAUGAUCUUGACCUUGAGGAUGAAGAGGAGGAGGAAGAACAGUCUGAAGUCAUAAACGAUGAGGUGAAAGUAGUGACUGGAAAGGAUGGACAGACGGCGACUCCUGUUGCUAUAGCUACUCAACUCCCACCCAACGUGUCUGCAGCGUUCUCUGCUCAGCAGCAGUUCCAGGCCCAUACUGUGGUGGCGGGUGGGAGCAUCUCCAACCCUAUGGACAUGGAGGCUUUCAAACGGCAGCAAGCCAUGGCGCAAGCAGAUCAGGCUAAGAGGUCCCGGAUGGAAGUGGGUCGGCAUGGGAUGAUAUUCCAGCACCCCGCUGUAACUCUGUUAGGAUCUCCUGGCGUUCCCCUCCAGCAGCUCAUGCCGACAGCCCAAGGAGGUAUGCCCCCCACUCCACCGACGGUCCAGAUCGGUGGGCAGAAACAGAACCAGCAGCAGUACGACCCCUCCAAAGGCCCGCCCGUACAGAAUGCGGCCAGCCUUCACACUCCACCCCCACAGCUCCCAGGUCGCCUUCCCCAAGGUGGGCUCCCCAUGACGGGGCUGGCCCUCUCCCUUUCCCAAGGUCAGUCCAUGAUGGUGGACCAACAGACUCAGGCUGCAGGAGGUCAGCUGCAGGCGCAGAUGAAGGCUGCGCAGGGUCCCGGAUCCGUGCUGACUCCAGUCAUCCCGCAUGCGCAGCUGCAGGCGCAGCUUCAGAUGCAGUCAGCACUCCACCUACAGAUGCAGCAGCCGCUCAUGCAGCCUGGCCAGGCAACUGUGGCGCUUGUACGACCCGGAUCAGAUGCCUCCCAGCCCGCCCAGCGUUUGAUGUCCAACUCUCUUUCCACCCCUUCUAUGUCUCCUGCCCCGCUCACAUCCCCAACGUCUCUACCCUCCUCACAUCCUUCUGCCCCGGUCCGCACCCCCAGCACUGGCCCCAAUCUCUCCACUGCUGCCCAGUCCAAACUCGCUGCAACAAAUGGCACUGCAGGGCUUAGGUUUUCCGGGAUGGGUCAGUGUCCAGUCGGGCAGAACUCACAGGAAUGCUCUCAGGACAAGCAAGCAGAGCAAGCCAAGCUGGAGAGUCAUGUGCACCAGCGCAUCGCAGAGCUCCGUAAAGAGGGCCAGUGGUCGGCAAGUCGCUUACCCAAGCUGCAGGAGGCCUGCAGGCCGAAAUCCCACUGGGACUAUCUGCUGGAGGAGAUGCAAUGGAUGGCUGCAGACUUCGCUCAGGAGAGACGCUGGAAGAUGGCUGCUGCCAAGAAGCUUGUUCGCACUUGCGCGCGUUACCAUGACGAGCUAAAGAAGACCAAGGAGCGAGAGAAGAGGGAGGAGGAGAUGAGGCUGCGACACAUUGCCAGCACCAUUGCUCGCAGCGUUGACUACUUCUGGUCCAAUAUUGAACAGGUUGUUGAAAUCAAGCUGCGUUUCGAGGUAUAUGACAAACAACAGAAAGUUGUUAGCAUGCCGAAAACACCAAACAAAGGGCAAUGCGCUAAACCAGCCCAGCCAGGAGAGAAGUCCGAUAAAGAGAGUAAAGUGCAGGAGGCUGGUCCAUCCCGCAAGAGAAAGUCAAGCACCUCUCUGUCAGAUGUAGAGGUUGAAGAUGAGGAGAGUACAAUAGAAGAACAGGAGGCUACAGAGGUCACAGCGGAUCAGAAAGCAGAGCUGGCCAAACUGACUAAAGAGGCUGAGGUGCCGUUGGAUGAUCUGGUAAAGCAGUAUGCGGGCGCGUACGCAGAGGGAUUCGAGUGGCCACAGCCCUGCAGCCAGAGUGAGGAUGAAGAUAAAGAGGAAGCUGAUGAUGCAGAUUCUCCAUUGGACAGUCCACACGAUGCAGUGCUCAUAGACUCUCUGCUGAGCAUGGAACAGUACCGCGGGGCUGAGCGAUCGGCUACUGGGGCUGAUGGGAAGCCUGCAAAGGAUAUCGCAGAGGUCGCUGCGGCGACAGACCUCAUUCUGCCCAAAGGCAGCGCCAGGACUGCUCUAACAGGUCAUUUCUCUCCUCCUGCACUUCUGCAUGGCUCUCUGAGGGACUACCAGCAGGUCGGGGUGGAGUGGCUGGCAAGCCUCCAUCGCAAAAACCUCAACGGCAUCCUGGCAGAUGAAACUGGCCUUGGCAAAACAGUACAGACCGUGGCUUACUUUGCUCAUCUGGCUUGCAAUCAGGGUAUCUGGGGGCCGCACCUGGUGGUCGUGAGGACGUGUAAGCUGCUAAACUGGGAAAUGGAGUUUAAACGCUGGUGUCCAGGACUGAAGAUCCUCCUGUAUCUCGGCAGCAGAAAGCAGUGCAGAUAUAAGAGAUCGAGGUGGUGUGAGCCCAACAGCUUCCACGUGUGUCUGACAUCAUACAAGCUCUUGCUGAAAGAUCACGCUCAUUUCUUGAAGAGACGCUGGAGACACCUGGUGCUGGAUGAAGUUCAGCUCAUCAAAAACAUGACAGAGAAACACUGGGAGACCAUCUUCAAUAUCAAAAGUCAUCAGAGGAUCCUCUUAAUCAACACCCCGCUGCAGAACACUCUGAAAGAGUUAUGGACCAUGAUCCACUUCCUCCUGCCUGGAAUCACUCACCCGUACCUCAACUUCCCUGUCAAACCCGGCACCGACCAGAACCAGGACUACUGCCACAAACUUGUCAUCAGACUACACAGGAUGAUUCAGCCGUUCAUCCUGCGUCGCUCUAAAAGAGACGUCGAGAAGCAACUUCCCAAGAAGUAUGAGCACAUCCUGAAGUGUCGUCUGUCCAAGAGGCAGAAGAGCUUUUACGAGGACAUUCUCAUCCAGCCCAGCGCACAGGAGGCUCUAAAGACAGGCCAUUUUGUGAGAGUCCUUGACGUUCUUAUGCAGCUGCAGAGGAUCUGUAACCAUCCCGACCUGAUCCAGCCCAGAGACACACACAGCUCUUACAUAUGUCAGCCUCUGCAGUACAACACCCCGUCAUUACUGCUCACCGCUCUGCAGCAGGACCAAUGGAAGACUGUAGAUAUGUCUCUGUUUGAUCUGAUCGGUAACGAAGGCAAAUUGACCCGUUAUGAGGCGGAGGAGGUUCUUCCCAAACUCAGAAUGACCAAACAACUGAUUGAAGAGAUCUACAACGCACCUGACACUCCACCCAGACCCAGACAGUGCAAAAUCAAACCUAUGAGGUUGUUCCUGCCAGUGCAGUAUGGUACUAAACCAGAAGGCCGCCUGGUCCCUAUGACCACCAGUACCGCUCAAGCCCCUCGUACCACUGCUGUAACUACUGCCUCUACUACUACUACUGCUGCCCAGAGCACACAGCCCAGGGGCAAACCAUCUCUUACCACCACUACUUCCACACAGGCCUCAACAACCAGCUGCUCAUCCGGACCGCUCUUAACAGGAGCCACCCCUAAUCCCCCCUCUACCCCUCUGGCUCUGGGGGGUGCUGUUGCCACCCAGGCCCCUGCCGCCCACACCCUCCAGCCCAGUUUGGUAUCCCAGAGGCUGGUGCUCCCCUCCCAGGCACGCUUGACUAGUGGAGAUGCAGUGAAGGGUGCUCCGUUGGGCCGCAUCGACCUGCCGGAGACCCCCGUGACCCUGCAGUUCCAAGGCAACAAGUUCACCUUGUCCCAGAGUCAGCUUCGCCAGCUCACCACCGGCCAGCCCCUGCAUCUUCAAGGUACACUCGGUAACAUUCUGCAGAUUGUGACAGCACCUGGACAACCUCUUCUUAGGCCACAAGGGUCGGCCAUGGUGAUGCCCACGGUGCCCCAGGCUGUUCCUGUCCAAAACUCCUCAGGCACUCCACCUCCUGCCACAACAGUGCAAGGUCAAAAACGUAGUCUGCUUGCUUCUGAUUGGCCGAUACAGAUAUCUAGAAGCGGCGUGGCAGUCACAGCUCCAGCAACCACGGACACGAAACCUUCAACCAAUGCCAUAUCACAAGAGUCAAGCGAGGAAAGAAACAGACUGCUGAAGGAGCGUCUGACCUGUUUGUUUCACGCGAACGAGCGACGGUCAUCACGCUCCGUUCUGUACGGUUCCGACCUGAUCGAGUCCUGCUCCGUUUAUGAGGGACGCCCUCCGCCUGCCUUUCCCGCUCCCCAGCAUUCCCGCUGGGCCUGGGUGGGCAGAGACAGCUGCAUGAGAGCUCAGCAGAAGUGCGUGUCCACAGCCGCUCCUCUUCGCUCUGCCAUCCUCUCCAACAUGGAGCAGCAGGGAGCAGCAGGCAGCCUGGUCAAAACAUUCUCCUGCAUACUUCCUGCUGCUGUGGCCCCUCCCCCUCAGUUAUACGCAGCCAAUCCCCCGCCCUCGUACAGCCUGGUACAAAAGUCAUUCAGACGGCAGCUGCAGGAAGUGUCCACUCCGCAUAACGCUGAGAUUCGUAGUCUGGCCUGUCCCACUAUGGUCAGCUUCUCAGAUGUGCACAUGCUAGAGAUGGAUUCAGGAAAACUGGAGGCUCUGUCCAUCUUGCUGCACAAGCUGAGCGUUGAGAACAGACGUGUCCUGAUCUUCACACAGAUGGCCAGCAUGUUAGACAUACUGGAGGCCUUUUUAGACCACCAUCAGCUGACCUACGUACGGCUAGACGAGAGUCUGUCACUGGAGGAGCGACAGAAGCAGGUCAAGAAGUUUAACCGCAACAGACAGAUCUUCUGCACCAUCUUGACCAAUCGCUGCUGCUCGGCCAUGGGUCAAGUGUUUGACGCCGACACCAUCGUGUUCUACGACACCGAUUUGAACCCGAGCAUGGACAUGCGCACACAGGAGUGGUGCGACAAGAUCGGUCGCUCCAAAGACAUCCACAUCUACAGGUUGGAGAGUGGGAACUCCAUUGAGGAGAAGCUCCUGAAGAAUGGCACUAAGGAUCUUAUACGAGAGGUGGCAGCGCAGGGCAUGGACUACACGCUGGCCUUUUUAACACAGCGCACCAUUCAAGAUCUGUUCGAGGUUGAGGCUGGCUCGGGAGAGAAGGUGGAGGAGUUUGUGGUUCUGCACCAGGACCCGUCACCAUCUGAAUCCAUCCCUCCUCAUGUGGCCAGACCGUACAUCCAGGCCCUGAACAGCAUCCGUCUGGAAACCCAGCACGAAGAGGAGGUAGAACGACAAGAGAAUGAGGUGAAGGGAGAAGAAGAAGAGAUGGAAGAAGGUGUGAGUGGGGAGGCGUCACAUUUAGAAGAGCUGGCAGCAGUUAUGGAGCAGCUGACCCCUAUUGAGAGAUAUGCACUGCAGUAUCUGGAGUACCUACACAUCAGUGAGGAUGAACAGAUGGUGAAGGAGCGUAUGGAGGCUGCAAAGAGAACCUGGGAACUUCAGCAACAGAAGAAACUGAAGGUGGAGAGAGAGGAGCAGAUGAUGCUUGAAGAUGAGGAGGAUCUGUUUACAUACACCAGAGAGGAUGCAUACAACAUGGAGUAUGUGUUUGAGAAUGAGGAUGGACAAACAGAAAUUAUGCCGCUGUGGACUCCUCCAACCCCGCCACAGGAUGACAACGACAUCUACAUCGACUCUGUGAUGUGCCUCAUGUAUGACUCUGCACCCAUGCCGGAGUCCAAACUGCCUCCGGUCUACGUCCGCAAAGAGCGCAAGAGACACAUGGACCCAUCAGCUGUGGGCCGUAAGAAGAAGAAGGGCCACGGGGAAGCUGUGAUUCCUCCACGCUCUCUCUUCGACAAGGCCAGUCUGCUCAAGGUCAGACGAGAGGGCAAAGACCAGAAGAAGAACUUCUCUCUGAAGCAACAAGCUCCUUUCGCCAAACCGCUGCCCUCGCUGCUUAAACCAGCCAUGGAGGCCGGACAGGACAAUCCUGAGUGGCUCAUCAGUGAGGACUGGGCCCUGCUGCAGGCUGUGAAACAGUUACUGGAGCUUCCUCUGAACCUGACAAUCGUGUCUCCGGCUCACACUCCUAACUGGGACCUAGUGAGAGACGUGGUCAACUCCUGCAGCAGGAUCUACCGCUCGCCCAAACAGUGUCGUAACCGCUACGAGAACGUCAUCAUUCCCAGAGAGGAGGGCAAGCUAAUAUAUGAAGCUAACCCGAAAAAGAACAAGACCAAGAGCAUUUAUAAGUCCAAGAACAGUCGUCCUCUUCGCACGUGCCAGAUCUACAUGCAGGAUGACAACGCCACCCAGAUCCAGCUUUACAACAACCGCUUUGAGCUAAUGAAAAUCAUCGCUAGCAAGAGAAGCCCACCCAUUAAACCACUGCUGGGCAUGAAUCCGUUCCAGAAGAACCCCAAGCACGCCUCUGUGCUGGCUGAGAGUGGAAUAAGCUACGAUAAGCCUCUUCCUCCUAUCCAGGUGGCCUCUCAGAGAGCUGAGCGAAUCGCUAAAGAGAAGAAGGCACUGGCCGAACAGCAAAAGGCCCAGCAGUUAUCCCAACAGCAGCAGGCCGCGGCGGGUGCCGCCCAACUGCAGGGGGCCGCCGCUCAGCCUCAGGCCUCUGCAGCAGGAGCGCAGGCCGCGGGAGUCCCCCAGCCCGGAGCAGCCGCUGUCCCAAACACUGCUGUACUGACUGGCACUAUCAAGACUGCUGCAGUGGGCACAAGCAUCCAGCCAGCGGCCGCUACAGUGAGUGGGAAUGUGAUCGUGAAUACGUUGGCAGGAGUUCCUCCCAGUCAGUUUCAGGCUAACAAGCGUCUGGCCUCUCCUGUUAUACCCGGAGCCCUGCCCGUGGCAGGAACGGCCACCGCUCAGGUGGUUCACACCCAACAGAGAGCAGUCACUGCAGCAGCUGCCCCGGCAGAGGUCGUCGCCAUAGCAACGGGACAGGCCGUGAGGGCCGUCACCCCGGUGACCGCAUCAGCAGUGGUGUCUACUAAUUUGACUCCAGUUGCAGGUAUGCAGCUGUCUCAGGGAAAGCCACUCACACAAGCUCAAGCUCAACUUCAGCUCCUCAGACAACAACAACAACAACAGUUACAACAAGCUGCGUCUCCUCAGAUCAAAACAGUGGGAAAACCACAGCAGAAGCAGAAGUUGCAGAUGACCCAGCAGCAGGUCGCAGCUGCAGUAGCUGCAGCUCAGGGUCAGCAGGCAUCAUCCACACAGCAGCCUCAACAGGUGCAGGCGGCACCAGCGGCUCAAGCCAACCCUCAACUAACCACCAUUGCUGCACCCAGAGCAGGAGCCAUGCUCGCCGGAACCACUGUCACCAACUUACAAGUCGCCAGACUGCUACUCAAAAAAACGACACUUCCCUCUCAGACACGUGUGCCGGCUCCAGGACCCAUCCAGGCUCAGCCAGGUCAAACCGCCCAGGUGACAAUGACCAAACCCCCUCCCGUAGUCUCUGUUCCUGCCGUGGUGUCAUCCGCUGGGGUCACGACCCUUCCCGUUACCGUAGCUGGCAUUAGUGUUGCCAUCGGACAAGCUCAGAAAGCAGGUGGUCAGGUGGUCCCCCACCCGUUCCAGGUUCAACAUGUUCAGCAGCUAUUACACAGACAGAAGCAGCAGAGCCCCGCGCAGGCAGCCGCAGUCCAGAAAGCAGCACAGCCAGGGCAAACACAGGCUGCUGUGCAACAAAAGGCCGCUCAGCCCACAGCACAACAGAAAGUGACGUAUGCCACCACCCCCCAGCUGCAGCCGGGCAUUAAGACGCAGUUCUUUACCACGUCCAUUGCACAGCCUCAGAAACCCGCUACAGCACAGCAGAUACAGGUUGCUAAGCUUCCUCAAAUAGUACAGCAGCAGACAGUGUCCUCACCUCAACAGAUCCAGGCGCAACCUCAGACGGUGGCCCUGACCCAGGCAGUUCCUGCAGCGGGUUCGGCACAGGCUCAGGUGCAGGUCAUCCCCGCCGGCACCGCCACGACCACGCAGGUGGUCCAGCAGAAGUUUCUCCAACCGCAGGUCGUCACUGCGGCGGCCGCCUCCCCUCAAAUACAAAUCCCACCCCCGCAGAGCCCCGCCCAGCAACAGACUGUUGUGGUGACCCCUGCAUCUGAGUCUCCAGUACAGCAGGCUGCCACUCCUCAGCCCCAGCAGGGCAAAGGAAACACCCGCACCGGGGCCGCCAUGCGUUCAAAGACCCAUGCCAAACCUAGCGGUGACAGCUAAAGAGGCGGACGUAUACAGGCACAACAUACAACAUCCGUUUUAUGUUUUGUAAAGACGGUGGUCCUCAACCAUAGAUGUUCCAGCAGGAGGGGCACCAACUGUAACAGACAGCAGUUGAAGUACAUGUGACUGGCCUGUACUGUAAGGCCAGUCAUGCAAUUACGACACAUUUUUAACCCCUCUGCACGUGUGUCUGUACUGUCCAGAAGCAGGAUAGUUCAGACUGAAUUCAUGUUUAAGACACUCAGUAUAUGAUGGCUCAUUUUGUACGAAGCUAUGAAACGCUUGCUGUUGUUUUUCUACCACGCUACAAUGUUUAGGUCAUGGAUGAAGUGAGCUCGGAACGUAAACGCCACCGACCUUCUGCAACACUUCAUUUGGUGCACCGGGAACUCCAGGGUUUUUGGCAUAUCUCGAUGCUAUCCAUAAUAUUCAGUCAAGUAAUCAAUAUGUCCCCCUUUUUUUAAAGUGAGUGUGAUGUUGUCCCUUUGCUGUUUGUGUAGGUAAACGAAAUAUAGCCCUUUGAAAUGAUGGAUGGAUGAUGAACCAUGAUCAUGGUUAGUAAAGCUCUGUUAAGUCAAAAUGGCCAACUACCUGAAGUUUGAUAUAGCUUCUGAAAGACAAAGUUUUGCCACUUAUUGCUAAAAUGUACUCAUAGUAAAAAAAGUAUUUCUAGUAUAAGAAUUGAGUAUUUACAUUAGCUUGUAUCGUGCAGAUCAAAAUCCCCCAAAACGAAUUAUUUCCAUACAGGUUUAUUUAGAAAGGUAUCUUCUGAGAAGCGUGACUGCAACUGAAUGGAAGUACACCACCUGAAAAGUGUCUGGUGAUGUUUGUGUAUGUUAAAUGUUUGUGCUCAGAAUGCUAUUUAAUGUCCACGAAUCGACACAAUAAUAAUCCUGCACUGUAGCCGUUUAGUGACAUUCAAGUUAGCGGCAGCUAUGGAAAGUAUCUCUCUCCCAACUCGUAAAAAUGUGUCAUUUUUGGAAACAUCGGUGAAACUUUUUCUCAUGCAUAGUUAUGCACAACAUCACCAUUCGUCAGUUGAGUCAGACCUCAGGCUGACUAUUAGUGUGUUUACACUGGCCUGGAUCAGUAAUCCAUAGAUUUAGAUCAAGACAUUUCCCCUCGUUUUUCUUCCCCACGAUUUAAUGCAUCAGAUAUGCUGUCAACACGUACUAAAAUAUCUAACAUUGUGGCUUCGAGUCAGAAAUAAAAACGUCUUUUUGUAUUGAUGUUGGGUCAGGAACACAUGUAAAUAACGGGAGGGGGGUCAACUGCAUUUGUAUUUGUAAAGUACUUGUGUAUUCAUUUUUUUUCCAGCCUAAUUGUAUAAAAUGUUAUGUUU